UGCAUGACCAAGCUCUUUGGGAAGCUAAGUCGGAUUUACCUAGGGGGUCCAGAUCAAAAACCGAAAAAAAAAGAGUCAUGUCGGGGUUUCUGGACGGAAUCCGGUGCGGAGACUGCGAGUGCAAUGUGGACUGGGGUGAGAGAAGAAACAGCAUCGCAUCGAUAGCUGCUGGAGUUUUGUUCUUCACUGGUUGGUGGAUCAUCAUUGAUGCAGCAGUGAAAUAUCCUGACGAGGGAGAGUUUCAUCAUGCCUAUCACACCUGUGGGGUCAUCGCUACAGUGGCGUUUCUCAUGAUAAAUGCUGUUUCAAAUGGCCAAGUGAGGGGAGACAGUUACAGCGAAGGCUGCAUAGGACAGACAGGCGCUCGAGUGUGGCUCUUCCUUGGCUUCAUGCUGGCUUUUGGCUCCCUCAUUGCCUCCAUGUGGAUUCUGUUCGGAGGAUUCGUAGUGCCUCAAAAGCCUGUUGUGUACCCUGGUAUUGCUGUUUUCUUCCAAAAUGCGUUCAUUUUCUUUGGGGGUUUGGUCUUCAAGUUCGGACGUACAGAGGAUCUGUGGCAGUAAUGGACUAUGUGUGUCUUUAUGUCCACUGUACAACUCUGCCUUCUAUAUUGUAUUACACAAUAUGCUUUAGUGGCUAUUCACAUUAUAUAUAAACUUUUUUAGCUUUCAAAUUAUCAUGUUUAAUUUAUAUUGUUUGCUGUAUAAUGGCUAAAUCAUAACUAAGCACAAAUUUUCAUAGAUUCCUUGAAAGUUUGAAUAUUUUGUGGCAGUGGCACAUCUUUAAAUGUGUCUGUUUGCACCCAGACUGUGUAGCCAUGUUGUUAAAAUGGUUUACAAUGUGUGUGUAUAUAAAAACAAAUCAACUGUCCAAAUUUCUUUUGGGUAUGCUUACUUCUAUGGCAUCCUUUACUUUUGAACUGUGUCUUAAGUGAAAAUAACAUGGUACAUAUUGAGGGCAAUAAUUCAUAAUACUGUACACAUUUACUGAAUGUAACCAUAUGGGGUUGUUUGUAUUUUUCCUGAAAUAACACAACGUGAGCUCUGAAACUUGGCAGUUAUCUAGAUUCAUUAUUGAAGGCUUAUUCGCUCACAUUGCUGACAUGAAGGUUUCAAAACUGUAGGAUGUUGUAUGUGUACUGGAUAUUUGUAUUUGACUGCAACACUUGUUCAUUUGCUUGUAUAACAUCCGAACCAUGUGUCUAAUAAAUUAGUCUUAUAUUCAUG